AUGGCAAAACAGACUUCCUUUCCAGUAUUGCUGGAAAGCCUUACAAAUGCUUUAUCAUCUGCUUCAGAAUCUACUGGAAAAUUAGCCUCCCCAAUUCCACCUCAAGAUGGAAUCUCCCUCCUCGACGUGAAGAACGAACUCUUCCUAUCAUAUUUACAGAACCUCGUCUUCCUCGUACUCCUCAAAUUACGCAAUCACAAAAACGGCGCUUCUUCUGAAGAUGAUGAUGCCGAGGAUCUAGAUAACUCGGUGGUGAAGAAAUUGGUUGAAUUACAAGUGUAUCUCGAGAAAGGUGUUCGACCUCUAGAAGGGCGUUUGAAAUACCAAAUCGACAAGGUUCUGCGAGCCGCGGAUGAUGCGAAGCGGGCAGAAGAUGAGGCUGCGAAGCCCAAAUCGAAUGGAAAGCCGGCUCAGCAAGAUCGCGACGAUGAAGAUUCUGGCUCUGAAGAAGAAUCUGACAAUGAGAGCAACAGCGAUGCCGAGUCUACAAAUGGAGCUCCGCUCCUCCAAGCAAAUCAAAUAGACGACCUGCAAUACCGGCCCAAUCCCUCCUCACUCAUGCGUCCCGCCGCAGCUGCGAACUCGGAAUUGAAGGAUAGGUCUGAAAAUGACGGCAUCUACAGACCUCCUCGCAUCCAAGCUACAGCCAUGCCCACAACGACAGGUCCCCGCGAGAAGGGCGAUAGAAAACCGAAUAAAUCUGCAACAUUGGAUGAGUUCGUGAGCACAGAAUUAUCUGCUGCCCCACUAGCGGAGCCUAGCAUUGGGUCUACCAUCACAGGCGGCGGACGGAGGAGCAAGAGCGAGAGACAGAAAAAGGAAGAGGCAGAGCGGAAAGAGUACGAGGAGAGGAAUUAUGUACGUUUGCCUAAGGAGAGUAAGAAGGAACGCGCCAAGAAGAAGGGUGGAAGGGAUGCAGGGUAUGGUGGGGAGGAGUGGAGAGGUCUGGGUGAGGGUAUUGAUAGGAUUGAGAGGUUGACGACGAGGAAGAGUGGUGAAGGGAGAAGUGUUCUUGACAAAAGUCGGAAGAGACCCACCGAGGAUGGCCCAAGGGGUGGUGGCGCGGACGAGGUAGGCCAAGGAUUCCAGAAACGGUUGAAGCUAUUAGAUAGCAGGAGGGAUAAAGGACGGAAAUAG